AUGGAUUCCCACCGCUCCUCCAUCAGCCAUGCGGCGGACGACAAGCACAGCGAGAAACUGGAUGACGACGAGUGUCCCAGAACUCCAACCGACAAUGAUAGACUUCCAGAAAACUGGGGACAGAGCCGAGCUCAGAGCCGAGAUCCAGAGAAGAACGAAUCCUCUGCACAGCCUGACCAACACCCGCCUGCUCAAGCUACCGGGGAGAAGGACCCAGCAUUCAAAGUUGAUUUCGAGGAGAAUGAUCCCACAAAUCCUCGAGCUUUCUCCACCGCAAAGAAGGCUUGGAUCACACUACAGCUUGGCUUCAUGGCCCUGACUGGAUCUCUAGGAAGCUCCAUCAUAGCCCCUGCUGAGCCUGCCAUAUCAGAGUACGUAGGCGUCAGCCAGGAGAUAACAGUCUUCUGCGUCGCCUUGUACGUAUUAGGGUUUGCCAUCGGACCACAAGCAUGGGCACCCAUCUCAGAAGUAUACGGACGCAAAUGGAGCAUGCUGCCUCCGAUGUUCUGUUUGGGACUAUGGUCAAUCGGUACCGCUGUCAGCCAAAAUGCUGCUUCGGUCUUCAUCACGAGAUUCUUCGGCGGUGUGUUCGCAUCAGCUCCAAUCUCCAACGUCUCGGCCGCCCUGGGAGACAUGUACGACCCCAAGGCCCGCGGUAUUGCAGUCACUUUCUACGCAGUAAUGGUCGUGGGAGGUCCUACAUUGGGUCCCGUGAUUGGCAGCUCACUGACAGUCACAUUGGGAUGGCGAUGGACCGAGUAUAUUGAGGCCAUCUUCGCUUUCUUCAUGGUGAGACGACUGCCUCAGGAAGAUGUACCUCGCCGCUAAUUGAAAUGUAGUUCGCCAUGACCUUCUUCACAUUGCCAGAGCUGUACGGACCGGUCCUGCUGAAGCGGAAAGCAAAGCGAUUGCGUAGGGAGACGGGUGACCCACGCUACUGGCAUCCACAUGAGGCGGAGCGAAUGAAUCCCAGCAACAUCGUUACCAAAUACUUCUCCCGUCCAAUACGAAUGCUGGUCACCGAGCCUAUGGUCACCGCUGUUGCCAUCUACGCCUCUUUUGUCUACGGUAUCCUGUACCUCACACUAGAAGUCUUCCCCAUCGUCUUCAGAGAUAUGCGAGGCUUCGGGCCCGUCGUGUCGACCCUGCCGUUUCUUGGCCUGUUUGUGGGCGUUUUGUGCGCCGUCGCGAUCAACCUCGCGAACCAAUCCUUCUACGCAAAAGCUGUCGCGAAAAACAAAGGCCGUGCUGUCCCUGAAGCACGACUUCCCCCGAUGGUGGUCGGCGGCUUUCUUUUUACUGCAGGCCUCUUCUGGUUCGGCUGGACUGCCGCCCCGAAAUAUCACUGGAGCAUUCCUGUAGUCGCCGCAGGCUUCAUCGGAGCGGGUUUCAACACCAUCUUCCAGCAAUGCAUCAACUAUCUCGUUGAUACGUAUGCCCUCUAUGCUGCGUCUGCGGUGUCUGCCAACACCUUCCUCCGGAGCAUAUUCGCCUUUGGGCUCCCGUUGGCAGCGCAGCCUAUGUUCAGGAAUAUGGGUGUUGGUCCAGCCGCGAGUGUGUUGGGAGGCAUCAGUUGUUUGGCGUUGCCCGUACCGUAAGUCUAAAUCAAGAUGGAUCGGCUAGUGACGUUGCUAACGGCCGACAGGUUCAUCUUUUGGAAAUACGGACUCAAGCUGAGGAAGAUGUCGAAAUUUGCACCUAUGCCCGAAGAUUAG